AUGUGUCUUUCGUUCGUUAAUUUCUUCAAUCAAAGCAGAUUCCUUGAUGAGUCUUUAGAGUGCACAGGUUCAUUUUCAAAUAAAGAAAACUCCUCCAAUUAUAGCAUUAACAUUUUGAUACGACAAUCGCUUGUUUAUGAUGGGAAGGACAGCGCAAGGAGCCCGGGGAAGAACAGCGCAACGAGCCCGGGGAAGAACAGGGCAAGGAGCCCGGGGAAGAACAGGGCAAGGAGCCCGGGGAAGAACAGGGCAACGAGCCCGAGGAAGAACAGGGCAACGAGCCCGAGGAAGAACAGGGCAAGGAGCCCGGGGAACGAGCCCGAGGAAGAACAGGGCAACGAGCCCGGGGAAGAACAGGGGCAACGAGCCCGAGGAAGAACAGGGCAACGAGCCCGAGGAAGAACAGGGCAACGAGCCCGAGGAAGAACAGGGCAAGGAGCCCGGGGAACGAGCCCGAGGAAGAACAGGGCAAGGAGCCCGGGGAACGAGCCCGAGGAAGAACAGGGCAAGGAGCCCGGGGAACGAGCCCGAGGAAGAACAGGGCAACGAGCCCGGGGAAGAACAGGGCAACGAGCCCGAGGAAGAACAGGGCAAGGAGCCCGGGGAACGAGCCCGAGGAAGAACAGGGCAACGAGCCCGGGGAAGAACAGGGCAACGAGCCCGAGCCCGGGGAAGAACAGCGCAAGGAGCCCGGGGAAGAACAGCGCAAGGAGCCCGAGAAAGAACAGGGCAACGAGACCGGGAAGGAACAGGGCAACGAGCCCGAGCAAGAAAAGGGCAACGAGCCCAGGAAAGAAAAGGGCAAGGAGCCCGAGCAGGAACAGGGCAACGAGCUCGAGCCCAGGAAAGAACAGGGCAACGAGCCCGAGGAAGAACAGGGCAAGGAGCCCGGGGAACGAGCCCGAGGAAGAACAGGGCAAGGAGCCCGGGGAAGAACAGGGCAAGGAGCCCGGGGAAGAACAGGGCAACGAGCCCGAGGAAGAACAGGGCAACGAGCCCGAGCAACGAGCCCGAGGAAGAACAGGGGCAACGAGCCCGAGGAAGAACAGGGCAACGAGCCCGAGGAAGAACAGGGCAAGGAGCCCGGGGAACGAGCCCGAGGAAGAACAGGGCAACGAGCCCGGGGAAGAACAGGGCAACGAGCCCGAGCCCGGGGAAGAACAGCGCAAGGAGCCCGGGGAAGAACAGCGCAAGGAGCCCGGGGAAGAACAGGGCAACGAGACCGGGAAGGAACAGGGCAACGAGCCCGAGCAAGAAAAGGGCAACGAGCCCAGGAAAGAAAAGGGCAAGGAGCCCGAGCAGGAACAGGGCAACGAGCUCGAGCCCAGGAAAGAACAGGGCAACGAGCAGGAACGGGGCAACGAGCUCGAGCCCAGGAAAGAACAGGGCAACGUGUGUAGAAAGGAGGCAAAAUACAGGCGACAUUCAGUGGGAAUUGCUUGAAAGAAGAAAACGAUUGUUUCUUAUUAUAACCUAGAAGUCAUACAAAAAUCUUGUGAAGUGAACGGUGCAGUUUUUGCUUUUUUUACACUUGGUGAGAAUGUAGUGUUUGUUGGUCUUCUCAACAUUAGCAUUGGAUUAAAACACAAAUUAGACACAUCAUGAUAAAUAAAACUAUAUUAAGUUUAUUAAUUUUAGAACUAUUGCCCCAUUUAACUUACAAACAUGUACUACUGGUUUUUAAAUUCAUGCAUGGAAUUUAAAUUAAAUAAAAGUUAAAUGUAUAUUUGGGUGAGUGUGAGUGCAUGUCUGUCUAUGUGUGGCCCUGCGAUGGACUGGCGACCUGUCCAGGGUGUCCCCCGCCUUUCGCCCAAUGUUAGCUGGGAUAGGCUCCAGCCCCCCGCGACCCUGUACACAGGAUAAGCGGUUGACGAUGGAUGGAUGUAUAUUUGGGUUGAUGAUUGAACUGUGGAAGACACACACCUAAUGGGAAUCACAGCUGUGAAUUCAAUGGGAAUAUUAACUUGAGAAUGGAUUCUUGCACGAGUUACACAAAAUUUGUUCUGCUCUUGUUUUAUGAAAUAAUGCCCAAUGUGUCAUUGCAAUAUGUUUGAGAUAUUGCUCGUGCAUGACUGUCAUUACUGUAGGGCUCUUAAACAAGUUAUUAGAAUUUCUGACUGGCAAGAGCAGAUUUAUGUUAGUUUUAUUGUAGAAAUAAUAAGAUUGACAUUAUGUGUUACAAAGGUAUGUGAUGGAUGUUUCUAUCACAAGGUGGCACUGUUGCUGUUUGUUUAUAGAAAGACUGGACUGUUCUGUGAACUACAGAAAUGCUAAUAAAGAUGUUCAGCAAAAGCACAGCAACAUUAAAUAUAAAGGAUUCAUAAACUUCUCUCUCUAUGAUUAGUCUUGUUUCAGAGCUGAGCUGGGCUGUUUGUUAUUCGCUGAAUCAAUGUACGUUUGUGUCUAUUGUGGCAAUAAAAACCCUUUAGAACUAACAUCAACUAAAAUACUAUAUAUUUCACAUUCGUUGCUUUGGAUUUAAAGAACAACCGCUUCCUCUAAACCUCCUUUUGGUCUUUAUGUUGUGCAGCAUAUAUACACUCACAGUGACUCAGUCACCAUUCACCUUCUUUGCAGCUUUGUUCCACACAAUGAAAUUGAAUGGUGACUGAGGAUCUCCUUAUGUGAACUUUUUGGACAUCUAUCUAAUGUUAUAACCCCAAGAAAACAUCAUUAUAUUUUGAUCAUUAAAAGUCAUGAUGUACUGUAUAUACACUGUGUGUGUGUGUGUGUGUGUGUAUGUAUGUAUAUAUGUACAUAUAUAUAUAUAUAUAUACACAUGCAUAUUGACGUUGACUUUUGUUUUUAUUUGAAAAUAAUAAAGAUUUAAAAUGUGUACGCUUGCAUGUAUUCAGGGUGUAAAGAAAUAUUUUAUGUGAUGUCUAUGCCACAACAUUUUCAGAGGCAUAAAAUCAAAAUGUUUGUCAAUGAUAUAAAAGUAAUUUUUUUUGAAUGUAUGAACGAUCAGAAAUAAAUGCAUAA